UGAAACGGUUUUGUUAAAGCUGUCUUGUAAUGUUUACUUCUUUCGCGUUUCGGCGUGUCCUCUCCACUGAGCGCUACAGCUUGCCUGAUAGAACAGAUGCAGCAGUUUCCGACGUGUGACAAAACCUUUUUUCACUCGAACACUUGGUUCAACAUACGGAUUUAUAUUAUUGGUUGAGAGUUCAGUCGAUGCAUCGCAGUUUCUACACUCAAGUGUAGCCGUAAUCGAGAGCGAAGUGCCAACAGAGAUCCGCUUUCAUGAUGGCGAUGUUCCGCAGUUUUGUGUCGGCUGCCCAGCUUAGACAGCAUCACCAUCAGCAUCAGCAACAGAACGGGGCAGCUGCAGCCGCACCUGGGGAAAGCGUUGAGAGCCAAUUCUCUUGUCCAAUUUGCUUGGAGGUCUAUCAUAAACCUGUCAGCAUUGCGAGCUGCGCACACACGUUCUGCGGAGAUUGUCUUCAGCCAUGUCUCCAGGUGACGUCCCCCCUAUGUCCCCUGUGCCGCAUGCCUUUCGACCCAAAGAAAGUGGACAAGUCCUCCAACACAGAGAAGCAGCUCUCCUCCUACAAGGCACCCUGUCGGGGUUGCAGCAAGAAAGUCACCCUCGUGAAGAUGCGCUCACACAUCUCCUCUUGCACAAAGGUUCAGGAGCAGAUGGCAAACUGCCCGAAGUUUGUGCCCGUCGUGCCCACCACGCAGCCAAUACCCAGCAAUAUUCCAAACCGCUCGACCUUUGCAUGCCCGUAUUGUGGCGCUCGCAACCUGGACCAGCAGGAGCUGGUGAAGCACUGCAUGGAGAACCAUCGGAACGACCCCAACAAAGUGGUGUGUCCCGUCUGCUCCGCCAUGCCAUGGGGUGACCCCAGCUACAAGAGUUCCAACUUCCUGCAGCACCUCCUCCACCGGCACAAGUUCUCCUACGACACGUUUGUGGAUUACAGUAUUGACGAGGAAGCCGCACUGCAGGCAGCCCUGGCCGAGUGUUAUGUUGAGGAGAAUGGGUGUUAAGUUUAGGAAGGUGUGUGUUAAGCUGAGGAGAGUGAGGACUACAGUAUUGACGAGGAGGCCGCACUGCAGGCAGCCCUGGCCCUUUCGCUUGCAGAGAACUGACCCUGCGGGCCUCUGGCAUCCCCACGUCAACAUGGCCUGUCAACAUGGCCGCCCCUCUUCACAUCAGCACCGCUGGACAAAUCCCUCUCUUCUUCUUCCUCCUCCGCCACUCUCUCUUUCUCUCUCUCUCUCUCUCUUUCUCUCUCUCUCUCUCUAUCGCUCUAUCGCUCUUUCUCUGUCUUACUUAUUGGGUGGAGACUUACACAACUUAUGGAGUUAUACUCAAUGCAGUCAUGCUGCAACCCCCUCUGAAACUUAUGGGUGUUUUGGCGCCCCCUUGUGGUGAGUGUACAGCCACUGACCCCCCCCCCCCUCCUUGCCCUCCACCCCAGCAGUUUCAUGAACAAGUGUCAAGGUAUAGACCCAGACCUCAUCACCCUCAAGCUUCACAAUGGGAGGUGCUCCUGGAUAUCAACCCCUGUGUGUGAGAGUGUGUGUGCGUGUGUGUGUGUGUGUGUGUGUGUGUGUGUGUGUGCUGUGUGUGUGUGUGUGUGUGUGAUGAUGAAGUGAGAUUAGGGUGAGUCACAACCAUUGCUGCAAAUAUAGCAUGAGGACUGAAGUUCCUGUUCUUGACUUUAAUGGAGAAAAAAACAAAAACCACGCGUGUGCAAAACCAACCCUGUUCUCCUCUUCUUCCAUCAUGUUCCCCUUUUUGCUUGUUUUCUCUCUCUGCGCUAGAUUUCAUGUAGACAGGCGGCACAAUAUCUGUUGAAACUGAAGUAGAAGCCGAGAGAGUGCUGGUCUGAAGUUGUGCGGUUGAUGGAUCAGGAGCUGGCAUUUUGAUUAUUUUUUUUUUGUUCUUUGUGUUGUUUUAUGUCACCCAGCCAUUUAUCACAAGACAUUGUGAGUGUUGAAGCCCACAUUUACAGCUCACGAUCAUUGGAAACAAAUUAACACCAUGGCAACAGACUCAUUUUCAUCGGACUGUUCUACCAUGUCAGGAUUUGACUUUUUUUUCCCCUUUUGCUGCCGUAAGCCACGGCAUGCUGUAGAUAGUGAUCAGCUUCCCUGUUCAGAGAGUGUGGAAGCUAACGGCACCAGGCACAACCAAUAGAGCACAGAUCGUGAUGAUCGACAUGAUCACCUCCAGCUGUGAUCACAUCAUACAGCAUCCCAAAAGCAACCAAUGGAUCGUCCCCACCUCCUCUGUCACCCACAGUUUUCUAAUCCACAUCCUUGUGAAUACUUGCACUUGUCACUGUUUUUACUACAUGAACCAAGUGUCUAGUAUCAUUCUUAUUUUCUAGUUUACUAACAGAAUUCUAGUACUUGCAUUGAAUCUUCACUUCUGCUGUUACCUGGUUAACUUGCUACAAUAAUAUUUUUUACAAAGCAUCAGAUAAAGAUAAAAAAGUAUAUAUUUUUGGAAAACAUUUCAGUUUAAAAAAUGGUGCACUAAUAACAAGAGCGUAAAAAUCAUGUCUUUAACCACUUGGGGAUGUGUUGGUUUCACCUUUUUAUGUACCCUUUGAAGGGAAGUCUGACUGCCACACAGGGUGUAAGACAGGUAGUGGCACUGUUGGAGUGUGCAUGGCCACAUUGCGCCACAAGAGGUCAGCGUUGGUCCAGAUAUUAGUCUGCAGGUGCUGCAAGGCUGCUUUGAGCUCAGUGUCAUGCGCUGUUUGAUGUUUGUGUUCAUUUACUUUGUCCUACUUUCUUAAUCAAGAGCCUGCAUGUGUAGUGGCCAGACUCAGUUCUGUAAGUCAAUCGCAUGCACAGUGUCCUCAUUGAGCUCUGCAAAGGAAGUGAAAGGGUCUUUUGAAUUAAGCGCUUGGUGGUUGUAUAUAAGUGAACAUAAGCAUUUGUAUAUUGAUCUUUUUGCUGCUUAAGUCUACAGUUUAGAUGUCUGAUGGAUGAUGUAACAUGUGGUAUUGGCAAAAUAAACCUGGGUGUUGUAUUUUGGUAAGUGGCUUGAGAUGUAAGAGUCGAGAAAGGGGGUUUCAGUGUUUUGUGACUCAAGAAACAGACAUGUUCUCUGAAUAUCUUUGAUAAUGUAUGCCGUCUUGACUUCAACAGGUUGUUGAGAUUAAAACUUUCCCUGUUACUUGGCAGAUAUGAGACGUCUUACUUCACUGCACAGGAUCUUAAGUUUGAUCAACAUAUGUGUGCGUUUGAAAGCAGGACUUUUGGCAACAGGAUGUGUGUGUUAGUUAUCAGGUGUGUGUCAGUUGUAGUCAUUGCUGUUAAAAGAGGGAUGAAUGUACUCUGCGGCAGUCUCUAAGGCCUCUCACCUUCACCUGUCCACAUCCUUUAACCACUUCUGAACCUGUCACUUUAAAGCAUUGUGAGCUGUUUGUGAAAUUUCUGGAAAGCACAGUAAUGAAAGUGUGUCUGUGUCUGUCUGUGUCUGUGUCUGUGUCCAUGUCUGUGUGUAUGAGAGGUAGAGAAAGUGGUUGGAAUAUCGGUUUGCUUUUAUGACUUACUGUAUGCCUCUUAUGUUGUGAAUGAUUUGGGGACCUUUUGAAAGGGCUGUACCUGUUUGCUUACAUGCAUAUGAUAUAUACACAUAUACUAUAUAUAAGCUGUUUUUGUUGAGUCUCGUCAUGUGCGACUGAAACGACGUACAAUUGGUAUCUACUUUGAUCACUUAUGUGAUCGUGGUCCUAGGAAGGUGCGUCCACCCUGAUCUGGCCACCUCCACAGUCUGGAGCUGGACACCAUCCUAGCCACAAAUUUCAUUAUGGUCUUAAAGCUUAAAGGAUGUUGUCCAGUGACAGUUUUGGGUACCUCUUUUUUUUCAGAGGGAAUAAUAAUAACAGAAUUUGUUUAAAAAAAAUGUAGUUCCAAAUGUUUUCUAAACAUUUAGUUUGAAAACAGACAAAUAGAAACACUUUUCAGUGAUGUGGGUUUCCAGGGAUGGUCUACUAUCUUCCACUGGUUGGCGAUAGCAGUGGAGAUGUUUCAUGAUCAUCAUCUCAAAAAGGACUAGUAGGACAUUUGUUUCCUUGUGUUCACUCAAGCAGAGAGAGGGAAUGUGUGUGUAUGUAUGACAAUGGAUUUGAACGUGUUUCUCCAGUGAUUUUGUUUUCAUGUAGAUUGAAGGUGAAAUCUUUGUGAGACAUCAGACAAAUGUUUUGGGUCAUUGCAAGAUACGUUGUAUCUGCAUAUGGUUGUUUUCCUUAGGCAAUCUGAAAGAAAUUGAGUAUUUUGGAAUGGUAAUUAAAAAAGAAUUAAGAGGAAAUAUAAUGUUGAAUAUAGAGGUGUCUUAACAUGUACAUGUUUUUAUUGUUGAGGGAAAAGUGGUGAUCAGUAUUGUGACAUUUAUUCAAGUCUCAAGUCAGAUGGGGGAACUGAACCGUUUAAGCAUUAAAUUGAUAUCGAUAAACAGUAUUUAAAUGUUACAUGGUGUCCCAACUUCACAAUGGCUUAAAAUGAUGAGGUCAGGUUUUGAUUUUUCCCACAUUAAAAAGUUAUAAUUUUCCCAUUUCAUUGAAAAAAUCAUCCAUUUUAUCUGAGUAAUGUUGUAUUCCUCUUAUAUUUUAAGUGAUAUUCAUGUGCACCGCGGUAGCAUAAAAUGAAAACUUUUUAUAUUGUAAUUCAUGCUUUUACAAUAUGUUUUUUUGGAAAAAUGUCCCAAUGUGUGCAUUUAUUUUUUAUUUUUUGCUCUUAUUGUGUUCUAACAAUCAUGAAUAUUGUUCACUGCAAACCAUUGGUAUGUUAUUCAUUUUAUGAGCAUGCUGAACUCCAAGACAAAUACAAUAUUGGAGUUUGAAAUGGAAUUUUCUGGAAAAGGCAUCAUAAUUUCUAUUUUAGAUAGGGAUACACCUGCAUGGCACCAGAGUACAUUUGGGAUACUUUAGCCUGAAAAGACAGCCCUGGGUUUGUUAAACUCAAAGACAUGAUGUCAUUCACGGCAGUCCGGCGUUAGGUCUGUGAGGUCCCGGCCAUUGCUGUCAAACAAAGCAGCCUGACCUUCCUCACCAGUUCUCUGUGCCAUGGCUGAAGGCUGUGUGGGGGUGAGGAUGAUGAUGCUGAUGAUGAUGAUGUCUUUUGGUAAAAAGUUUAUGGGGCCCUUUUCUGUUGAGUUUCACCGGCAAUGAUACAGCAAGUUGCCUGUUUCUGACAACCCCUGUGGCUGAUGCGGACCUGUGUGUGUAUGCGUGUGUGUAUGUGUGUGUGUUGAGCUCCAUGUGAUUAUGCAUCAAUAAGUAAUAAUAGUAAUAACAGUAAUAGCAAUGAGGACUGAUGCUGAAAUGAUUCUGAUAUGAACAAUAAUGUGGAUUUUUGAAGUUGUAACGCUGUUUGAGGUUUAAUAAGAUACUUUACUGAUGUAUUUGUAGCAGAUUUUUUUCCUUCAAUAAAAACACUGACGCAUCCCAA